AAAUUGGAGUGAUAGUUUCCGGUUGGCAGCAUUGCCGACGCCAUUCUUGCGGCAAGUCAAAGUUUGCGAAUUUUGUCUUUUAAUUAUUGUAAAAAUUCAGUGAUAUUAGUGCAUUUUGUGAUGGCUUCUGCGUACAAAUUAUCAGAAGGGGCGCUUCAGACGAUUAUGUACGGGGGCGAGGUCAUUGACCCUCUUGUUCAAAUUUUGGGGACUAAAAAAAUGUCUCCAGGGGGUAGCGACAGCAGCUCGCGCUUACGCCUGAUGAUUUCGGACGGUUUGCACAAAGUAAAUAUUGCAGUGUUUACUGUGCCAAAGAACGACCAGACUUUGCCCCACGUCUUAGAGCAGGUGUUUACGAUUAUUAAACUAAAGCGCUAUCUUUCCAACGUUAUAAAAAACAAGAAUAACAUAGAUGCGCGAGUUAUUGCGAUUUUGGAACUGGAAGUGGUUGCGCGUGGGGAGUUUGUAGGUCAGAUAAUCGGAAACCCUGUCUCUUUAUCCGACUCUGAAACCUUGACGCAAUCGAGUGACGUUAUCAAGAGAAAUGAGUGCAUAAAUGGCUCAUUUUCCUCAAAAACAAUCAGUCCCAUAGCUAGCUUAAACCCCUUUCACAACAACUGGAUAAUUAGGGCGAGAGUCGUUAAUAAGACGAAUGUGAGAAACUGGAGCAAUGCCAAGGGGGAGGGUAAGCUUUUCAGCAUCGAUUUGGUCGACAAAGGGGGCGAAAUCAGAUGCACCGCUUUCCGGGACCUUGUUGAUAAGUUUUUCGAUCGCCUUGAGGUCGACAAGGUUUACUACAUUAGCAAAUGCCAGCUCCAGCCAAUCAAUCGCCAAUUUUGCUCCUUAAAGCACCAGUUUGAAAUGUACUUCACCCCGGAAACGAUCAUCGAGCCGAGUUAUGACGACAAUGAGAUCAUCCCACAAAUAACGUACAAUUUCACCACGAUUGAUAAAGUAGCGGUCAUGGAAGCUGGGACCAUUGUUGACGUGAUCGGCGUUUGCAAGACAAUUUCGGAACUGCAGAGUUUUGUGGCGAAAUCAACCAAUCGCGAGAUGCAGAAAAGACAGCUCGUGUUAGUCGAUCAGACCAAAACCGCGAUUUCUCUGAAUUUGUGGGGCUCACAGGCAGAGUCGUUCGCAGUCACCGGUAAUCCGGUGAUUUUGGUUAAAAAUGCAAAGAUUUAUGAAUUUAGAGGUGCGAAAAGUAUCACUUUGAUGGGCACUAGUUUGCUUAAAAUUGACCCAGAAAUACGGGAAACCCACAUUUUGAGGCGGUGGUACCAUUCGGAAGGGAAUCAGGUGGAAAUAACGAAUGUCAGUCAUAGGAACGGAUACGGAUCUACGCCAUGGCUGACGUUCAAAGAAGCGCGCCAACAGACCAUUUCCGAAAAACCGCUUUACUACCAAACUUUCGGGACGAUUUUGUUGGUUCGCCUCGACAGAGCGGUGUACAAGUCGUGUCCGAACGCUGAUUGCCAGAAGAAGGUCCUCGAUUUGGAGAAUGGAAUGUACCGGUGUGAAAAAUGCAACCGGGAAUUUCCGAAUUUCAAGUACCGUCUGUUGGUUUCGAUGAACGUGGCCGAUUCGUCGAGUAGUCAGUGGGUUACUGUUUUUUCCUCAGAAGCGGAGAAAAUUUUGGGGAAAACAGCGCAGGAAAUUGGGGAGCUGAUGGAGACGGAUCCUGAUACUGUAGCAAAUAUGUUUGAAGAGGCGCAGUUUAAGCAAUUUAUUUUCAAGUGUCGCGCCAAAAUUGAAACCUACAAUGAUGAGCAGAAAAUGAAGACUGUUGUGGUGACUGUGGCGCCAGUGGAUUACGAGGAGUACAAUGCUUACCUGGUGGACAGGAUUGAAAAAUUCACUGGAGUUCCUUGUAAUUGAUUAUUGCUUUUGUUGUGUAACUUUCGCAAAUAAAUUAUUGUUUUGUUGGGGA